UUCGGGGUUGGGGUUGGAAAUGUGUUUGUACGCUAGCCACGCAGAAAAAAAUUUGAAUAUUUUUUUCUCGUCAACUUCGCCACUCCGUGAUGACGUGGAUGAUGGGGCGGCGCUGACACUCGCGAUUUUCGGGCUAGCUCGUGCGCGCGAUCGUCUCGAAGCGCUGGAGAUACGCGAGCCCAGACUCGGACCGAAGGUGACCACAGGUGGACAAUGACAGUUACAACGUCGUCAGCAGGUGCUUUCCCCUGCUCGCUACCCUUUGUCUUUGCGUUCCUCCUUCCUUUGGGUCUUGGAGACGGCGCCUGUGAAGCUGACGGUGGCAGCAGUGAGUCGUGCAGUGUUGGUGGGGGCGAAAACACCGGAACGCAACAUAUCGGAAGCUGCAUUUCAUUCGCAAGCUUCGAGACUGGAAUGCGACGCCCCCAAAUCUGACAAACAAGGGCGAACGAAUAUUUUUCAAGAAGUUCCGCGUGAGAUGCGUCUAUGACGUAAGCUCUGUCGAAGCGACUUCCUCGAAGACAAGCUGUCAGCCGGACUCGACGUCCCGCCCACUAAAGUGCCCGCUCCGCCCACCCACAGACAGCAACGUCAUCUUGUCCGGAAACCCGAAAGAAACUCGACGGCCGAAACGAGUAGCUCGUCGUCUGCUCUCGAACGAGUUGAGACCGAAGGUCUUCUUAUGCCUUUCGCGAAGAGUUCGCAUUGAGCGGUCAUGCUGCUCCGAUUGUCGUUUUUCUUGGCGACUUGCGCCCUCUCGAUGACGGCGGAAGUUGCCAUUAACGACAGAAAUGAAGACGAUCCCUUCCCAAAGUGGUUGAUCGACAUGGGCAGUACCGUCAACGAAUCGGACACGGCCAUCUACAGCACCCGAAGGCCACGCGUCACUGGCAAGGUGAAAGGCGGCACAAUCUGCCUCAACACCGAAGAGUGUGGCGUGGGCAAGUGCUGCCUCCGGCGGGGUAAGGAUCCCCGACGCAAGUGCAGACGUUACCAGCGCAUUGGUCAGCGCUGCACCGACGAUCAGAUGAUGGGCGGCUACUACCAAAACUACUGUCCCUGCAACAGGCACUCCAUUUGCACGGUGGUUGGUCACGUCCUGAAGUGCGUCAAGAAGCAACCGAUACAACGACCAGGUCCUCGAGGUCCUCGACCGGCGACUCCGCCGCAGGAGGAAAAAGAGAGCAAGGAGAGCGAGGAGAUAUCGAACCGCCCAGGGGCGCCGCCCAAGAACCCAACCUUCAACCAGACCAAGCUCGAGUUUCCGGAAAUACCGGAGUUCUUCAAGACCUUCGGCACCUCGGAAUCGUCACUGUUUCCAAACGAAGGAGGAGGAGAAGGUGAAGGAGAAGAGGGUGGAGAGGAGGGUGAAGAAGAGGGUGAAGAGGCCGGGAAGCACGGCGACGACCUGCCCGAAGACAUCACGCCACAGGGUCAACCACUGCCCGAAGAGCCGCCAGAAGAGUCCACCGAGAAUGAGGGGGCCCCCACUGUAACGAAACCGAGCCCUGCUCAAGGUUCGCAUAGUCCAGCGCUUAGCGGUGGCCGUCGGCUAUCUGGCCCGGUAAAUCAUGGACCGCGUGCUAGUCCACAGGAAGGACUUCCCGGGGCAAACAAUGUGCCUCAUUUGCCACCGUCUCCGCUGCAGCCUGCUGGCAGCGAUUAGCGUUAGCAAGGAUUACUUCGUCAUCUAGGGGAUGACCUGGAAUCAUCGCAUCGGGCGCGUAUCCAAGGAACCUUUCCGCAGGUUCCCUGCAGCAGCCGCCCGAUGUCUCGGAUAAGCACAAACUUCUAAGCUGUCUACUCGUUUGGGAAAAUCUAGGUACAAAAUAGCCUGGGCCUGAGGCAGAUUUCGCUUCAUAAGCCCACACACUCUACCGUACGUCCCGAAGUUUUUUUUUUAGGUCUUUCAGAUCCCUCUCUGCAGGCCAUGCGUUGGUCCUUCAUGAAGCAACAAAAAAAAAAAAACAGAUUACGCGAAAAUAACGCGAAGAGCGCGCUUCGUCGCCAACGUUGUCAGAAGCAACGAAAAUGACUUUAGGCUACAAUGAAGAUUAAAGGGACACUAAAUAGAAACAAUGAAUUGGUUUAGAUUGAUAAAGUGUGCUCGGAGAACUCGUGUAGUUUAUUUCACCAUUAUAGGUUUAUGAUUAGAGUAGAAAACUAAGUUCAAAGUUUCAUUUUUAAAUUUCGCGCCGAACCUUGUAAUUCGUGAUGUAAAAGAUUUCAAACAGCAUUUAACGUAUUUUGGCUCCACUGGCUCGACGAAAUUUCCACAAACUCGUUGUAUGAGGUCUCUGGCCCCCUCAGAGGACAAUGUACUUCGAUUUACCGAUUAGGAACUACGUAGGCCCAAGCAGGCGCAGUCAAAAAUAUGUGACGUCAUGGCAAAUGGCGCGGGAAUUCCAAGGUGGCGUCGCCACCUGUAUUCUUUUUGCGCCUUCUCUCGCUUAUUAAGCGUCUUCUCGCAGCAAGCGUGGUGCCUUUGGUAUCGUGGAAGACUACCAAUGCGAGAAAAAUCGUUUGGUCUUUAGUGUCCCUUUAAUGGGUCAGCGUCAUGUACCGGCGAUGUCCUGGCGCAGGUUCAAAUUCACACGCGCCCAUUCCCGGAGUUUGCAGCCUUGUGGAAGUAAUGACAAGUGAACACAAUAUGCAGUGUUAAUAGCGGGAAAUAUAUACAGUUUAUUUGCAUCCGUUUCUGUACAACAUGCGCAAGAUUUCCUUGCUUUUU